GUGGGAAAUAAGAAGAAAAUUAGUUCAAAAUGUCACUCACAAUCAGGCCAGACUUUCUCUCACCGCAAGCACCACCAAAUGUAACAAGCAGCAUCAUCGAUUUCAAUUCGACAACGCCUCGGAUCCGAGCAUACAAACGCAACUUUGCAGCCGUCAUCGACAAUUUUAUGACCGAAGCCGAAUGCAACGAACUCCUCGCGCUAGCCGAGAAAUCAGCCGCCCUCUCAUCCGACAACAAAAUACAGACGCCAAUAUGGGAACGCGCAAUGAUCAAUGUCGGUGGUGGGAAACAAGCGAUGGCUACUGACGUGCGUAAUUGCGGUCGCAUAAUCUUUGACUCGACCGAGCUCGCUGACCGGCUACUGGCGCGCCUAAUACCAUUUUUCCGUCGAUGGGAUAUGGAGCGCCUUGAAAACCGGAUGGCUGUUACGGGCCUUACCGGUAGGCAGAAUACCUACUAUCUGACGCGGCUGAAUGAGCGGCUACGGUUUUUAAAAUAUGUUGGUGGUGAAUAUUUCCGGCCCCAUUGGGAUGGAAGAUACAUCACACCGGAUCGCGGCGAGGUCUCGUUCUAUACAGUCCAUUUUUAUCUGAAUGGCGAGGGGGAAAGUGGUCAGGAUCUAAAGGAGGUAUUGAGAAGAGAAAAGGAAGAAAGAAAGUGGGGUUGUGACGGUGAAGUGGGCGACUCGGAGGAGGAAAGAGGAAAAGGGAGGUUGCUGGGAGGUGCCACCAGUUUCAUUCCUUCGUGGGAAGAGGAUGAUCAGGCGGUUCGGGUGUGGCCGAAGACCGGGCGGGUGCUGGUAUUCCAGCAUAAUGACCUCCUACAUGGCGGUGAUUCAGUCUAUGGAGGUACCAAAUAUACCGUCCGGACUGACGUUAUGUACUCGAAAACGAACCCGUUGAGUCAGGCAUCUGCCAAAUCCUGA